GCAGUCAUGGAGGAAACUUACAUGGUACCCGACAAGAUGGUUGGUUUGGUUAUUGGUAAAGGAGGUGAACAAAUAACAAGAUUACAGAGUGAAACUGGUUGUAAAGUACAGAUAGCACCAGAUAGUGGUGGCUUACCUGAUAGAGCAUGUAGAUUAACAGGAACACCACAAGCUAUAGCAAUGUGUAAGCAGGUUAUAGAUAGAAUCAUUGAGAGAGCUCAUUCAUCAGGGUUACAUCCUAUGGGUAUGAUGAAUGGUGAUGGACAGACAGUUAUUGAAAUGUUUAUACCUGGCAAUAAAGUUGGGCUAAUCAUUGGUAAAGGAGGUGAAACCAUCAGAAGUUUGCAGGAAGAUCAUGGUGUUAAAAUGAUCAUGAUACAAGACAGUACCUCACCAUCGUCAGGAGAAAAACCAUUAAGGAUCAGUGGUUCUAUGGACAAAUGUCAGAAUGCAAAAGAAGCAAUAUUACAAUUAAUACAAGACAAAGAUAUGAAUGGUGGUGGUGGUGGUGGUUUUAAUGAAUUUGGUGGUGGUAUGAUGGGAGGUCGUGGAGGGGGAGUAGAGAUCCCAGUUCCCAGAGAAGCUGUAGGAUUAGUUAUUGGUAAAGGUGGUGAAAUGAUUAAAAAGAUUCAAGAAGAAACUGAUGCUAAAGUACAGUUCAGACCUGAUGAUGGUCAGACACCAGAAAGAAUAUGUUCUAUAACAGGACCACCAGAAAAGGUACAACAAGCUGUUCAACAGAUAAAUGAGUUAUUACAACAUACACAGGUACAAGGAGGCUUUAAUGGUGGAGGAAGAGGAGGAGGUAGAGGUGGUGGUGGAGGAGGAGGAGGUUUUGAUAGUUUCAAUGAAAUGGAUGAAACCACCUUCCCUGUACCAGCUGAUAAAUGUGGUUUAGUUAUUGGCAAAGGUGGUGAUUCCAUAAGAGAAAUAAACAAGAUGUCACAGGCACAUGUUGAAUUAGAUAGAAAUCCACCACCUUCUCCUAUGGAAAAAAUCUUUAUUAUUCGUGGUACACCUCCACAAAUAGAGCAUGCUAUACAGCUUAUCAGUGAGAAGGCUGGCAUUACGGUAAGUGUAUUUUGUUCUGAUUUUCAGCUAUUGCUCUUUUUAGAGGUGUCACAAGGGUGCCAAAUGCAGCAUGAAUUUAGAUUUGGAUCUUUAUUCUUGUAA